AUGCCUGCAAAACUGAGCCUCCUCAUGUCUCGAAGGGGGAGGAAUAAGCAAGAAACUCUGUGGGAGGUGAAAUAUCCAGCGGGAGCAGGAGAAGAAGUAGAAGGUGGUGAUGGUUCGAAAACCGUCGUUUCUCUCCUCGAAGAUUCCAGCGCUUCCAAUCCACCGCCUUCCGUGACGAAACACGAGGUUGUGACGUGUUUUUUUUAUCGGGGUCUUUUUUUUUCCCUUGUUUUUCCUUCGGAGCUUUUUAUGUUUCUCAUCAUCAUCAUCAUCAUUACCAUCAAAGAAGGGGAUGGAUAUGACGGGACGGAAACCGGCGAAAUUUGGUUUUGGGAGGUAGUUGGUUAUCUAUCUACGUUGCUCUUUGCUACAAGACGUUUGGAACGGAGACAGAGAGAGGGGGUUUCUAGUUCCCAACCCACAGUUGCUGGUGCACUGUGGACGGCUUGCCUCGGGAAGGUGAUGAUGCCGACGGAGUUAGACGCUCUCAGGCGGGAGAUAUUCGGUGGCCUUUCCAAUUCUCCUGCCAUCACUGGGGCGGGUACAUUUCGGGUACCUAGUUCAGAUGAAAUUUGGUUCGACAAGGAGCUGCAGGAUAUAAAAUGUCUCAAGUACGUUCGAGUUGAGCAAAUAUGUAUUCUCGCUUAG